GUCUCGCCAGGCUGUCAUCGUGUCAUCCAGAACAAAAGUCAACUAAGCCUCCAGGAAUAGUGAAAAAUGUGACAAAAUCAUUAGGAAAUGUGGGGAACUCAAUUUGUUUAUAUGAUAAAAACAUAAGCAUGUGACAAUCUUUAGUGACGUUUUAGGAAAACAUUCCUGGGUCUUCAAGACAGGACCAAAUUCAGAGUGCACAAUGCGCUUCAACAAACAGGAGCUGGUAGCCCUGGCCAUGCAGCCUUCAACCAAGUUUGAAAAGGAAGGCAUCUUAUACAUAAGGGAAAGGCAAGAGGGAUUCUUCAGAAAAUCUGAGAGAGGCAAGAAGGGCAAAUUGGCAAAACAUGAAAAAAGGCUUCGAAACUUGAGUUGUGUGGGGGGAAUUACUAAAGUAAGCCUGGAAAGAUGGUGUCGGUUAAGAGGCAAUUUACUUUUUUACUUCAAGAGCAAAGACCCAUUUUCGGAACCGUUGGGUGUAGUCGUCUUAGAACAGUGCCAGACCAGGAUAGACCCUCCCAUGGCAUCUCCACCUUUGACACAUGAUGGACACUAUCCAUUUUAUUUAGUUUUUGAUGGUGGUUUAUCCCAAGCGUUAGCUUCGACUUCGGAAUACGAACGGUCAAGCUGGAUGGAAGCAAUUAGAAAUGCGAGCUACGAAGGGGUGAGAGCGGAAUUAAACGCUUUGAGACAGUGCCUGGAAAGAAAAAGAAACCACAAACCGACCGUAGAUUUACAAACUUGGAGGCUGCAACAAAAUCAUACAUUAGAUAUAUCGGAGAUCCCAAUAUAUGAAAUGGCUAUGGCCUGUGAUAAUUUAUUAUGUGAUGGACACGGUCGACCACCAAAUCCAACUUUGGAGGUGGACACAUAUAUGCCGGCACAGAAAACUUGGGUACAAUAUGGACGCACCGAAAUUAUAGAGAAAAGUAGCAACCCGCAGUUCCUUAGCACCAUCAGCUUCCGAGCAUCAGACGGUCUUACAGGAGAUUCCCGUAUUAAAUUCACAAUUUUCGACGUACAAGAGCGAAUUUCCCAAACUGCUGUUCCGUUAGGGUCUUCCUGUGUCUUACUGAGUGCCAUUCAAGAUUCUACUAGAUUAAGAAUACCAUUGUUGUCUCGUCAGAAUACCACUGCAGGCUUUUUAACAGUGUGCGCCUGGGCUUUAGAAGGAGAGGACAGAAAUACUUCCAACGAACAUACACCAGCUAGGGUUCCUAGUGUUAGUCACGCACAACAUGUUUGGUCGCAUAGGAGAUCGCAAUCUUUGCCACCACGUUUAGGAGUCCGAAUACGUCUUCCCAGCCAAACCGAUUUGAAACUUCUCUUUUCGUCACCUCAUUUACAAACAUACAGGUUCCAUUCUGGUUUGGGCGGAGAUAUUUCUGUACAUGAAUACAUGGCGGAGAGCAAGAUGUGUUUCAGUUUUCCUCACCAAAUGCUAGACGUAUGGAUUCAACAAGAAAAAGAACUACUACAAGAAGUAGCAGGUAUGGGUGAACUUAGAGAGCCAUGGCAUUCCCGACAAGUUGAACUACUAGACAGGCAUCUGCAUCUUUUAAGAUUAUAUUCACAAGCUCGAGAAAAUCUCCAAGCACACAAAGGCCCGUACUUCAAAAAAAGUUCACGCAAAAGCGACAGAAGUUUGGAAUUCGUGCCGAUCAACAUGCACUUGCAAAGAAUGUGGGUUUAUAACGACGCACUGAAUAAAUCGAACUUUUACGAUUGGGUGACGGUCGGUGCGUUUACUGCGCACAGUCACCGAUCUAAAAACGGCGGACUCAUUAGAUUAGUACAGCAGCUGAAGGAGUCACCUGUAAAAUCGAACACAAACUAUCAGAUCGCCACUAAAAUUUCGAUGGCUAACGAUGCCAUUCAAGCUAUAAAGCAACUUAGGAAGGAGGUAGUUGAGUCCAUGAAAACUCUUAUGAGACUAGCAAAAGAGAAACAGACCAACGGUAUGCUUCCAAUAUGUGAUGAUAUGAUUAAUAAAACUAGGAUAUUACUUAGUCUUUGGGAUCCGGGUUUGGUUGAGGAAGCUUUGAAUUUUAUUGAGGAGCACAAGCUGGUUCAGGCUGAUGAUUCUGGUCUUAGUGAGGAUUUAAGUUUAGAAAGCGUUAGUGGCCGUCCAAGUUUGUUAUUAUCACCUUUCAAACGGAUAACCCAACAGUUAACUUCGUUGGAUCUCAAGAGUCCCGAAUUAGAAGAUUUCGCUACUCCGUGUGUGCAAAAAACUAUGGCAGACUUAUGGAAAGUCCCAAAACUUGAAGACUCCCAACCCCAGAACCUGUUAAACACCAGUGAUGGCUUAAAGACUUUGUGCUCCAAUAUGAAAACACCCGAUGAAGCGAAUUUUGUGAUUUUCCCGGACGUGGAAGAUAGCAAUCUCGAGUCGUCACUAGAUAGUGGUCAACCGGAUAGCUUACCACAUACUUACUCUUAUACUAACGGAGAUGCACCUCCGUCCGGUUCAAGGAACCCCAUUCGUCCAGAUCAAGAUACAAGCACUAAACUUUUCUUGGAUACUAAUGCCAUGUGCAACUCGCCUUCUGCCAACUAUUAUAAACCUACAGAUGAACCAGAACCUUGGGAUAUUACUCAACUAAAUAUCGAAGCCAGUGUCAUGUGUUUAGUUAGUAAAGUUAAGUUUUUAUGUGGCCGAUGUGGCAGCCCUGCGGUAAGACUUAAGCAACAGCAAUCUAAUAACAGGCGAAAAGUGAUUCCUACGUCAAAUAUUAUCGAGGAAAAUGACGAAAACAAAACUGUCAAUAAGGCUGUGGUAAGAAACGGAAACAAAUUCACUGACGGAUUGGAUUUGAACAAAAUCAGCGAUUGGUCAGCGGAAUUGAGACCAAGCAUGCGCAAAUUAAGACAAGCCAUGGAUGGCUUAUUGAAGACUGCGCGUUUAACUCAUUCAGUGUUUAGGGUGCAAGAAGAUCCUAAAGCCGCCCAAAGAGUCUGCAACGUUAGGUAUCGCAGAGACGUUUGUUUUUCGCAAGCACUUACAUCCUUAGUUGUGGGAUUAAUGACCCGUUUAUGGUGCCAUAAAGCUGACCCCGCUUACGUCGCAACUUUGGGCCAAUUGGGACCCUUGGCCCACUUCGAAGGGCUGCUCAGCUACUACGGUGACGAGAUCGACAUGUGGGGCGACAUGUCGGUCGCUAUAGAAGACCUAAGGACCGUUUUAUUUGUUUUAGCUAGGAGUCCCAGUCCGUCUGUUGAAACUGUGCCUACGCCCAAAGUAUCGGGUACCCGCAAUAGCCUAACUGUAACCCUUCCAGUACCUGAUAGCCUGUACAGCUUGUUACCUUCAAAGCAAACUUAUAGUUUCCAUGUUACCCCAGUAUUUUUUAAUAUAGGUAUAAAUGAAAGAGCAACUUUAGCAGAGAGCCUAGGCAGCACAAAACCUCAAGACCGUUCAAAUAUUGACAACUAUAGUCGAUUAUACGAAUAUUUCUUGAGAUAUAGAAAAAUAAAUCCGUGCGAAAAUCAUAGGCAAUCCAGUGGAGGAUCUAGUUCACAGCCUCUAUUGGAACUGAUCGAAAGCUUGCGCUGUGAAGUGCAUAGCGGCAAGCCGAAAAAUGUUGAAGUUUUGCGGUUGUCGGCGCUAAUUUGUAGAUAUAUGAAAGGUAUUAGGUUUACUAGCUGUAAGAGUGCCAAAGAUAGAACAGGAAUGUCGGUUACCUUGGAGCAGUGUAGAAUAUUGUCUGAUGAAUACCAUUUGGCAGAGCAUGAGUUUCAGAGGGCAUUAGAUUGUAUGAGGAGCGAGGGUUGUAGAAGAGAGAAUACAAUGAAGAAUAUUGGCAUUCGAAAGUUUGCCUUUAACACUAUGCAACUUCUAGCUUUCCCCAAAUAUUAUAAACCGCCACCAGGAACUUACGGCUCAGGACAAACCUAAAAGAUAAAAAUAGGCAAACAUAGUGACCCAACGAAUUUCUUUUGCAGGUGCCAAAAUUUUCACUAGUCCUGUGAUUUCAUUGGUUCGACAAUUUGUUUUAUUUUUCAUAUAAUUGUUUUUUAAUAGUAGUACGCAAUGCAAGCAGUACUGUUGGAUGUAAAGUGAAUAGAAAUAAUAUCUAAACCUUAGAAUGUCAGUAGAGUAACGUUAUUUUAAUCUUAAAGGGCCAUUUGAACAUUUUUAUCGAACCUUUGUCACACAUUAUGAUAGUUAUACCAACAGGAAUGUAACUUGUUGACGAUUUUCUGUCUUUAUAUGUUUGUUAAUUUAUUUAUUUAAUGUGUAUACAAUUUUAUUUAUUUUUUUUAUAGUAAUUGUCGAGUAAUUUAUAUAAAACAAUCUAUGUUAAGAUGUCAGUAAAUAAUUAUUUUGA